AUGUCCACUACAACAGUAACGUCCACCACGGCGCCACCAACCGUUGUUGGGCCUUCGACAUUCAGGGCAACACGCCCUACCAAUAAACUACCUCAAUAUUUCAUUGAUGAAAGCUACACUAUGAAAGAUAUUGGCCUUGAAGGCCAGGGGAUAUCCCCCACUGCAGUCACUACUCCAUUUCAGCUAUUUACUGAAGAAGCUAUUGGACGGAUGAGAGCGGAGAUAUUCAGAAUGGGUCCUGCACGGGCACCAUUCACAUGCGAUGCCUGGAAUUCUCCAGAAGUUCUGGAAAAAUUUCAGAGAUAUGCCGCCAUCAAUGUCUCAGUCGAUAAUCACACUACAGGGCUAGUCAAGGAAAGCGAGUCUAAUGAUGAUAAUUUGCCUGCUUUUGCAUGGCACCGAGAUAGUUACCCAUUUGUGUGCGUGACAAUGCUGUCUGAUUGCAGCGGUAUGACCGGAGGAGAGACUGCAUUGAAAACUGCGACGGGCGAAAUCAUGAAAGUUCGCGGACCUGCUAUGGGUACUGCUGUCGUCAUGCAGGGUAGGUAUAUUGAGCAUCAAGCAUUGAAGGCAUUUGGAGGUCGCGAACGAAUUAGUAUGGUCAACUCUUUCCGAGCCAAAUUGUCACUUGUUAGGGAUGUGACGGUCCUUACUGGUGUUCGUUCGACCAGCAAUUUGUCUGAACUUUAUACAGAAUAUUCAGAGUACAGGUUGAAGGCCCUCAAGGAGCGGGUUUGGGCUCGGCUGGAGAAGGAACGGCAACGGCAACUGACAAGGCGUCCCUUCAACAUCGAUGACAUGAAGGUAUUUUUAACUGAAUAGAGCGAGUUCUUGCAGUCUACGGUUGCGGAACUCAUUGAGUAGUGUUUGGCUCCUUUGACCACAUUCCAACGUCCUUAUGUGCAGCUUUUACAAGUUAGCCAGGACCCCUCGCUUAAUUAGUUUGGUUUUCUACAUCAAAUAAUUUCGAUCCAUGACCAAAGUCCAUUUAGUAAUUUGUUUGCUUUUUUCACCCUCCAUCCCGC